GACGAGGGGGAGAGAGAUAUAUAUAAUGAGAGAGAGGGAGAGAGGGAGAGAGAGGCGGUAAAGGGUGGAGAGCGGUUUCCUUCUUUCCUUAUUUGCCUCGUCUUUUGUGGCGUCCUAGGGUUUCAUCUUCGAUCGAUCUCUCUGGAAUCGAUGGCGAGGAAGCGGAAAACGGAGGCGAUGCGGCUCGACGAGGUGGAUCGGACGCUGUACUCCACCUUCUGCAGCGCCGCUAACUCGCUCUCGCAGCUCUACACGCAGGCCAUGAACCAGCAGAAGAUCUCCUUCCAAGCCGGCGAGCGCCACGCUAUGGAGAAGCUUUAUCAGUGGAUUGUGAGAAAGCAUGAGGAAGGGUCAAGGGUUUCUGUAGCUGAUAUAGUUACCCAUAUUCAGAAUGUGAUGGAUUAUGCUGGAGAAGAUGCAUUAGUAUCCCCAAGAUCAUCAUUCCCACAUCAACAUCAUACACCAAUGCAUGCAACAAAUUCAAGUGUACAACCUCCAUCUGCUUUGUUUGGGCAGCCAACCGUUGGACUCGCCUCUCGAAGCAGUCACUCUGAUCAAACAAAAAACUCGGUUUUCUCAAAUGCUCUUUCUAGUCCUGUGCGCAGGAGCCUUCAGCCUUAUCACGCUGCCCAGGGAGAUGGAUUUUAUGUAAAUGGUGUGGUACCAGCUGGAAAUACAGGAUCUAGGAAUCCUGAUGCAAAUCAACACCGGGAGACCAAUUCCCUCAGCUUCAGUGAUUCAUCCAUGGAUAUUCACACGGAUAGCCCGCCUCAUGAAUCUUAUUGACGACUGCCUAUCUCAUGCAUAUUUAGUUCAAGAGCUGUAACUGGUGCAGCCUUAAGUCUCAGUUCUGCAACUUUCGAGGAAAAAGGAAAGAACAGAGGCUAGUUAAAGUUCUUCUAAUCAGUCAUGCCAUGCCAAGAAAUGCAUGUGACAACAAGUUGAAGCUAUAUAUGAAUUGUGUGCUUUCGAUCACUUUUUACUGUGUCUAACUAUUUCUUUUUUUAUUGUGAUCUGGAUGGACUUAGAUAUGAAUGUUUUAUAUGUGAUACAUGUUUUUGGAUCUGGUAA